CGAAACAGUGAUAUUGGGAGGAUCAUUUCUAAUCCUGGAAGAACUAAGAAUGCUACUUUUGAAAGAUUUGCCUCGCAGGGUAGAGAUAUGCAGGUUGGAGCAUCUGAUCGUGAGCCUCAAGGAUGUUAUAAAUGUGACAUAAUGGGGCAUGUAAGAGCCGUCCUUGAUGAUCUGGAGCUUGCAAACGAGGGGGAGAUGGCUGAUGACAUUGCAUUGGAUGACAACCCUGAAGAGGAUCCCGAAGGAGAUGCAGCAAGGGAAAACUUGGAAGAUGCAGCAGAGGAGAACUUCGAAGAUGAUGCUGCACUUGUUCAAUUUGUUGUGGCUCUAGCAUACGCUGAAGAAGGCUUUCACAUUGCUGCUGCUGCAGUAAUGCCUGGAGGACUGGUUGGUGGACUAGUGGACUAUAGCUCAGAUGAUUUCGGUUCUUAUGAUGGAUGAUUUUCUUUGACUAAGGAGGAGUCAUUGUUUUAGGGGGAGUUAUUUGUGCUUUGUGGACCGCACUUAAAAUUUUUUAGGUGUUUUGCUGUGGAUGAUUGGUUGCAUUUUGGAUUGUUGGAUGUUUUUUUAAGACUUCAUUGGUUGGUUUGUUGUCUGAUUGCUAUGAACAGUAGUUUUGGUUGGUGUAUGGUUCCUUCUAUCGAAGAUUUUUAUCUGCAGGUUCAGUAUCAUUUGCAAGCUCUAAUCUAGGGGGAGAUUGUUGGGCGAGAUCAGAGCUGGCAAUUGACCAGUCAAGGAAGGAAGUUCAUUUUGGGAAACUCAAUCAAUUCUGCUACAACGAGUACUUCUUCCAACGACUAAUUGAAGGAGGCUAUAUAUUGUCAAUUCAAUUGGAGCUUCAGUGCAACUUUUACAGACAAGAAAGGUGGUACUAGGCUUGUUCUUAAGUAAAAGGGAAUUUCAUCU